AGUUUAAAUUUUAUGAAUUAUGAGCUAAUAUAAUGUUCUAAGUAGUGAUCUAUUAAUAAGAUUAUUUUGUAUAUUGUGCGACUGCAAUUAGCGUUUUUAAAUUUUAUUAAUUAUGUUCAUUAAAGCACAGUUUGUCAAGUGUGUUCUAUGCGUUGUACUAUAUUUUAUUGUCUGCGUAGUUUUAAUUACGGUAAAAAAAAAUUUUAAUUUCAAAGAAACAAUAGGCAUAACGACAGUCAACCUUCAAACACGCUUUUCGAUUCCAAACAACAUAAAUAAGAAGAAUGUCGAAUUGGAAAUAAACAUAUUGCGAAUGGAUGAGUUGAACGGCGAAACUAUUGAUCUACAGAAAAGCGCCGCUCUACUCCAACGGAUGUCAAAUGUCUGUGCAAAAUACAAGCUGAAGAGUCCUCUCAUCAAAAAACAUUUUCUAUACAACGCCAAACAUAAUUCGUUAUACUGCUGGAUCCGUAAAGUUGCAUCUACAAGUUUCACUAAAUUAUUUUCUGACAUGAGCAAUCGUCAGGUCAACAACAAUUUGUACAAAGAAAUAGACUUUCUGUCACCAAAAAGUUUAAGAGAUCUGCUGCAUUUCACUAGGAACAACGUUGUCUUCAAGUUGCUCGUCGUCAGACAUCCGUUUCAUCGAUUAGUCUCGUCGUAUAGGGACCGCAUUGAGGACAACAGCAAGUACACCGCACAAGCAUGGCUCUACGUUCGUCAGAUCCUUCAUCUUACAAGACCAGAGCUCUUUCAUUCCAAUUCAUCGAGCAGCAAUGUCCUGCAACAAAUGUUCUUGACAGAUAGAAAAUUAAAGAUAGUACCCAGCUUCCGGGAAUUCCUGGAGUGGCUGCUGAAGCAACCGCCAGGCCACGAUGACGUCCACUGGACUCCUUAUCACACUCAUUGCGCAGUCUGCGACGUGAGCUACAAUUUCAUUCUGAAACUGGACGAAUACACUUUCGGCGAUGUCAAUUAUAUCCUGUCGAAGAUGAAAUUGGACAAAAGUAAAAUCUACUUGCCCAGACUGCAACGCACUCGCACCGGAGUCACCGAUUUUAAUACAACAUGCAGAUACUUUUAUAAUUUGUCCACUGACAUGGUCCUGCGAUUGUACGAAAGGUAUAAAGUGGACUUCGAGAUGUAUAAUUAUAAGCUCGACAAAUAUCUGCACUGUAGUAAGAACAAAAAUUAACUCUGACUACAGGAAAUUGCAAUAUACUUGCAUGUUAUUGCGCUAUCAUAUUUUUUAAAUCGAGCAAAUGUUGAAAAAAUUAUAACACUGUUUUUUUCGUCUUAUUUAACAAGAGAUAAGCGGUGCAAGCAGUUCUGGAGUGAUCGAGAAUUGUUAAAAGACAACAAACAAAGUGGACACUCUUCAGAAAUCAAUGAUUAAU